AUGACGAUCUUUCUCGGCGUGUACAAGGCUGUGUACAGUUAUGAGCCGCAAACGCCCGAGGAACUUGCCAUCCAAGAAGAUGACUUGCUGUAUCUGCUGGAGAAGUCAGAGGUAGACGACUGGUGGACUGUGAAGAAGCGGAUCAUCGGCUCGGAUGCGGAGGAACCGCAAGGGCUGGUCCCCUCGAACUACAUAGAGGCCGCACCAGUGAUCUCCACUAUGAGGGCGCUGUAUGACUUCGACCAGGCACAGAAUCCUCAAGAAGAGUUGGUAUUCAAGGAAAAUGAUAUGUUCGAUGUGUAUGACGACAAGGAUCCCGACUGGAUCUUAGUCAGAUCACACUCCUCUAAUGAAUACGGGUUUGUUCCAGGUAACUACGUGGAGCCAGCAGGCGGUGCCGGAAUGAGUAGUACUGCUCCAGCUGCAAGCGCUACCCCAGCAGCUGCACCUGUUGCUGCCCCUAUUACCACAGCUGCCACUGCUUUCGCUCCACCUCCACAACAUGUAGAUAGGGUUAAGGCCGCUACACCUGCAGCAGAAGAGAAUGAUAGAGAACCAGAGGAAGAUAUACCUCCUCCUAUGCCUCCAAAACAAACCGAGGACCGCUACAUGGAUGAAGAAGAGGAUGUUCCACCACCUAAGCCAAUGAGACCAACUGCAGAUAAUGCUAGAGACUCCAACAGAGAAAGAGCUAGAAGCAGAAUGAAUUAUGAUGAUUACGAACCUUCAGAAAGUCGUAGAAGCAGAGAUAUGGAUGACUAUCAAAGUCCAAGAAGGUCAAGACCUCAGAAUGACUACGACGAUGAAGUUCAUACAUGGACAGUCUCCGAAGUUGAAGGUAAAAAGAAACAUAAGGGUAAACUAUCUAUAGGUAAUAACAGGAUUAGCUUUACUCCAAACAAGGGAAGCACUCAGGAAUGGUCCAUUGAUAAGUUAAUCUCAUAUGAUAAUGAAAAGAAGCAUAUGUUCUUGGAAUUCAAAGAUCCAUAUAAGAGUUUUGAAUUACACACAGGCAACAACGAUACAUGCAAUGAAAUAAUGGCUAUUGUAGGUGAGUUCAAAGGUGCACAAAGAGAUCCAGGUUUGAGAGAAGUCGAGAUGGCAACAAAAUCAUCUAAGAGAGGUGUGGCAUUGUACGAUUUUGAAGCUGAAUCACCAGACGAAUUGACAAUUAGGCAAGGUGAUGCAGUUUAUGUUAUAAAUGAUAAGAAAUCAAAAGACUGGUGGAUGGUAGAGUUAAUAUCAAAUGGAAAGAAAGGUCUGGUUCCGGCUCAGUUCAUUGAAUUUUCCAAAUCCAAGGAGAGUAGUGGUCUAUUAAACUCCAUUAAAAAGUUUACUAAUAGAUCACCUAAACCUUCUAAAGUUCAUGAUGACGAAGAAGACGAUUGGAAACAUGAUGCAGGCCAAGAUAAUUCCAGUAGUAAAGGUAGAAGUAGAAGUAGAAAAAAUUCACUCAGUAGCAGGAGAAAAAGGUCCUCUUCGGUCAGUGCAAAGAAAGAUUAUCCAAAUCCAAAGAAGUCCAGACUCUGGGUUGAUAGAAGUGGCACAUUCAAAGUUGAAGCUCAAUUCAUUGGAUGUGCUGAUGGUAAAAUUCAUCUACAUAAAGCCAACGGUGUGAAAAUUGCAGUUGCAGCUGAAAAGCUAUCUGAUGAUGAUUUGAUUUAUGUUGAAAGAGCCACAGGUUUUAGUUUAGAGAAGUACAAAUCCAGAAAAUCGGAAUCCAAGGGUGGUGAUCGUGAUAGAGAAAAGAGACGUAGAAUAAGAGAACAAGAAGAAAGAGAAUAUGAGAGAAAGUUAAGGGAACGAGAAAUUGCCGAACUGAAGAGAGCUAGAGAACUGCUUGAUGAGGAAAGAAACAGGUUGCAUGAUAAAGAAUUACCUCCCAUCAAGCCACCUAGACCACAAUCAACUGGUGGUGCACAUACUAGUGGUAAAUCAGACUAUGAUUGGUUUGAGUUUUUCCUAAGUUCAGGUGUUGAUGUUAACAACUGCCAAAGGUAUACAAUUAACUUUGAUAGAGAGAAAAUUACUGAAGAUAUGCAGGCUGAUAUCAACCCACCAAUGCUAAGGACCCUCGGUGUUCGUGAAGGUGACAUUGUCAGAGUCAUGAAGGCUCUAGAUAAAAAAUUCAAUAGAGAACCUGCACAAAGUAAUGCUACUGGACAAAACAAUAUGUUUACCGAAGCCGAUGGUUCUUUGAAAAACAACUCUGGACCAAACUCAGGCAGCAGCGGAUUACCAGAACAAUUACUUUCACAACCAGCUAUGCAGGCGUCACAAAAUUCUAACCAGGAUGAUGAUGCUUGGACUGCUCAACCUGCUGCUUCUGCUGCUAAUACUGUGCAAAAGAAGUCUGAGUUUACAGGAUCAAUGCAAGAUUUAAUUGAUCUUCAACCUCUGGAACCAAAAAAGAAUGAACAACCUAAAUCUGAUCAAAUUCCCGUUCCUAAGGUCGAGAAUCUCGAACCUGUUAAAACAGGGCAAUCUGCUGCUACAAAUAUACAACCUAACCAAACUGGUACUAGCAAGCUAGUUCCUCUAGACCCUUUCAAAACUGGUGGGAACAACAUCCUGCCAGUCACAACUGGCUUCGUCAUGAUGCCAAUUGCUACUGGUGGACUACUUCCACUUCAGAGAACUGGAGGAGUUGCUAUGCCAAUGACAACUUUUGGUUCACAAUCUACUGGGGGACUAAUACCAAUGACGACUUUCGGUGCUCAAUUGACAGGCGGCGCAUUGCCCCUACAAAGAACUGGUGGGUUACUACCUUUACAAAGCACAGGAGGGGCUAUUCCUAGAACUAGCUUCAAUAUGCCACCAGCGGGCUCGGUAUUACCUGUUCAAAGAACUGCCGGUGGGUUAAUGCCUGUGAAUACAGGCGGCGCAAUCCCUCAAACAAGUUUUGGAGCCCAACUAACAGGUGGAGCUUUACCACAAACAAGCUUUGGUGCUCAAAUGACUGGAGGCGCUAUACCUCAAACCAGUUUUGGUGCUCAAAUGACUGGGGGAGCUCUACCUCAAACUAGUUUUGGUGCUCAAAUGACUGGAGGUGCUCUCCCUCAAACUAGUUUUGGUGCUCAAAUGACUGGGGGAGCUCUACCUCAAACCAGUUUUGGUGCUCAAAUGACUGGAGGUGCUCUACCUCAAACUAGUUUUGGUGCUCAAAUGACUGGGGGUGCUUUACCUCAAACUAGUUUUGGUGCACAACAAGCGGGCUAUGGAAUGCAACAACCUGCUUUCAAUAGUCAAUUAACAGGAAGUGCUAUACCUCAGACUAGUUUUGGUUCUCAACAACCUGCUAUGGGUAUGCAAAGAACAGGUGGCUUCCAACCACAAUCCCAAUUUGGUAUGACUUUACAGAGAACUGGAGGUAUGCAGACUAACCAAUUUACUGGUGGUGCGAUGCAACAACAACCUAUAACACCUGCAAUGGGCGCUUUUAACACUGGAAUUCAAAACAUAACACAAGGCAUGCAAAACACUUUUGUUUCUCAACCACCUUUACAAAACCAGCCUACUGGAUUUGGCUUUGGUAACGGCCCUCAACAGCAACCACAACAAAGACAAGCAAAUAUAUAUAAUGCCAGUGCAGCAAAUCCAUUUGGAUUUUAA